UCCCCCAGCUCUCCCCGGAGCACCCCCCGGCUCACCUCAGCCCGACCUCCCCCAGCUCCAGGGAAGAUGCUCAACGUUCUGGAUUUCUCCUGCCCGGACCCGUUUUACUCCAAGUACGAAGAGAUCUGCGAGAUGAAAACCGGAGACCUGCAGGGUUUGGAGCAACCUGAGCAGCAACUUUUGGCAGAGGCUGAUUUUCUCGGAGGUGAGCUGCUGGGCACCCCAAUAAACGGCGGGGUGGUGGAUUACCCCCUCCUGGGCAGCCAGCCCUCCCCUUCACUCAGCUACACCGGCAGCUUCUUCAUCAAGGCAGUACCAGAGCAUCCCCAGGACCAGGAAUCCCUCUUCAACCUGAUGUCUGGAAUCCUGGGCAUCUCCCCCUUCUCCUCCUCUGAAGGCCACCAAAGGCACCUGGAUGCUCUUUACCCCUGUCCUGAGGUGGCUCAGAGCCAGCUGGACCUUUACACCACCUGCCAACCCGAAAUGAACGGAUCCACCCAAAAUCCCUUCCCGGAGCAGGGCUACGGCAGCUUCUCCACACCCGAGGAUGCUCAACCCCUCCAGGCACAACCCACCUUAGGAAACACCUCGCAGUGCUUCUUCCAACCCAAGCUCCUGGACACCAAGCAGGACAUCAAGCUGCCCUCCGAUUCCCCACCUCUGGACAAAUUUAAAGCCUCCUGCGCCCAGUGGGAGCCAGUCACCCAACAUCAGGCCUACUUGCCCACGGGCUACCAUUCCCCUGAAGCUUUCCCAGCUGAGGAAAGCAGCCAGGGGUUGUUCCACCCGCUGGGUUCCAAGAUGGAGAACGUCUUGUCCAUCAGCUGCCAGUCGGAGCUCGGCAGCCUGGCAGAAGAUGCCGCCUGCUUCGGCACCCAUCUGGGCUUCGGCUGCGAGCCAGAAACCUUCCCGGCCCGCGGGGACUUCGCCGACGCCAAGAUCCACAACCUCCCUCCGCCGCUAAUGCCGGAGUUUGACACCUCGCUGGCUCAGCCCGAAGUCCUGCCGGGUCUGAUGAGCUCUGCCGAGCUCCUCCAUCCUCACCUGUCACCUUCUGUCCCUGCCACGGACUUUUUGGGCCACCCCACGUCUUCCUCCAUCCCUUCCCUGCUGCCCACCAACCCUCCAGCUUUGGCCGAGCCCAAGAAGAAGACUCGGCGGACCAAGUGCUCUUCCAAAUGCUUCUGCCCGAAACCCCACGAGAAAGCUUUCGCCUGCCCGGUGGAAAACUGCAUCCGGAGCUUCGCUCGCUCGGAUGAGCUCAACCGGCACCUCCGCAUCCACACGGGACACAAACCCUUCCAGUGCCGCAUCUGCCUGAGGAACUUCAGCCGCAGCGACCACCUCACCACCCACAUCCGCACCCACACCGGCGAGAAGCCCUUCUCCUGCGACACCUGCGGCCGCCGCUUCGCCAGGAGCGACGAGAAGAAGCGACACAGCAAAGUCCACCUGAAGCAAAAAGCCCGGACGGAGGAGAAACUCAAAGGUUUGGGUUUCUUCUCGGUGGGUCUCUCCUUCGGGACACUAUGAAAGCCCAAGCUGAGCGCUGGGAGAUGGUGUUUCCCGAGGUUGCCCCGAGCAUCUCACGGGAGAGCCGGGGUGGGAAUGUCCUCCUGGGGUGGCCCUGGAGAAGACAACGGCAGAUCGGGCUGUGCCGGGGAGGAGAAGAGCACGUGGGGAGGCAGAGACAAUGUGCUGGACCGCUGGUUGCGGAGGUGGGAUGUGGCAGCUCCGGCCGUCUCCAAACCGCAGGGACUGAGCCAUUUUUAUAGCUCCUGUGCCACGGAGAGGAAAAAAACCCACAUGUACAGAAAGAAAUCGCCACCAAAAUGGGCUUUUAUACACCCAAACCCACGGACAUUCUGUGUUUGUAGCGGCCUGACUGGGAUUUCCCCGGCCAGCACUUUACGUGGAGCUCCUGACCAGUUGUUUACUGGUCAGCACUGGUCCGGGGCUGCGGCUGCAUCGACCCAUUCUCCCGAAGGAGGGAGAUGCUGCCGGGCUCCGGCAACUGAUGCAUAACGCUCCCUUUGGAAAGGUGAUGUCAUUAUUAUUAUUAUUAUUUUCCUGUUUGUAAAAAGAAUCUAUCAGGAAUAUUAUAGAAUUGUCUCUAUUUUUCUAAUUAAAAAUUUGAGCUAAUCAAAGAUGUUGCUGGGGUUGCUCUU